AUGCGCGGGACCGACCCAAGCCGUUCCCCACCGGGGCGGGAUUCCUCGCAGCAAAGCUUCCAGACGUCCAAACAUCCCGACAACAGGCAUGACUUCUCUUCAGACUCCUCGGUAACGCUUUGCGUCGAUUACGGCUCGUUUUCAAAUCUGGGACCUUUCGAGACUUUUGAGGUUAUUAUGGACGCUCCGGAGGGUCCGCCUCGCUUCUCGGCUGUCAGUCCACUCCUCGGUGCACACGACCCUCCGAAAACUACCCAUUAUGGGGCAAUUCCAGACGCCUCAGAGCUUGAGUCGCUCCUCGGCGAAGAUGAAGAAGUCAUCCAGACGACUGCGACCAAGGAAGCCAGAUUGCUGCUGAACUACUCGGUCCCGUUGAUGUUGACAUACAUCCUGCAAUACAGCUUCAGCCUCAUCACUAUCUUUGUCGUCGGCCAUAUCGGAACUGAUGAGCUCGGAGCUGUUUCUUUGGCCACUAUGACGGCGAAUAUCACGGGAUUUGCCAUCUAUGAAGGCCUUGCGACGAGUUUGGACACGCUGUGUGCGCAGGCGUACGGACUGGGGAAGAAAGAACAAGUCGGACUGCAUCUUCAGCGCAUGAUUUUGCUAAACCUACUCGUCACUCUCCCCAUUGGCGCGGUGUGGCUCUGCUCGGGCUGGAUUCUCGCUGCUCUUGUCCCGGAGAGAGAACUCGCCCUCCUCGCCGGCCGAUAUCUCCAAAUUCUCAUCGCUGGUGCACCUGGAUACGCCAUUUUCGAGGCAGGCAAGCGGUUUACGCAAGCUCAGGGCCUUUUCAAUGCCUCAUUUUUUGUCCUCCUGAUCGCUACCCCGGUCAACAUCCUGCUCAACUACAUCUUCGUUUUCUUGCUGCACUGGGAGCUUACGGGGGCUGCGAUAGCCACAGUUUUGUCCAACAACCUAUUACCUUUCCUUUUGUGGAUGUACGUCUACUUCGUUGCGCCGAGCAGCCUGCAGUGCUGGGGCGGGUUCUCACGCUCCGCGUUCAAGAAUUGGGGCCCCAUGAUUACGCUUUCCCUACCCGGCAUCGUCAUGGUCGAAGCAGAAUGGCUAGCCUUCGAUAUCCUCACGCUUUCCUCGUCGUAUCUUUCCACUGCCCAUCUCGCUGCGCAAAGCGUUGUCAUGACGACUUCGGUCGCCAUAUAUCACAUACCGUUCAGCACUUCGGUCGCGGUGAGCACUCGACUGGGGAAUCUCGUCGGAGCUGGAGCCCUCAACGCCGCACGAAUCGCCACCAAGAUUUAUGUGGUCAUCUUUCUAGCCAUCGGGCUGAUCGACGCAAUCUUCCUCGCCGCCUCCCGAAACAUCCUCCCAAAGGCAUUCACCGAGGAUCCAGAAGUCAUCGCCAUAGUAUCAUCCGUAAUGCCUAUCCUAGCCAUCUUCCAGCUCUUCGACGCAGGCUCCGCGCUGGUAAACGCUAUUUUGAGGGGCCUUGGAAGGCAAGCAAUAGGAGGCUACGUCAAUCUGGGAGCUUACUAUCUUAUCGCCCUGCCGGUGGCUUUUCUGCUAUGCUUUGGGAAGCCGAAUUUGAAGCUGGAGGGGUUGUGGCUUGGUUGCUUAGUGGGGAGUGUGCUGAUCUCGGUGGUGGAGGGGAGUUAUUGUAAGUUUUGGAGCUGGAGGAAGGCGGUUGAUGCGGCAAAGGGAAGGGAAGAAUGA